GAAAAAAAGGCUACGUGGGUUGAGCGGAUAGAGAGCUCCAUGUAACCAUCGAUCAAAACUUGCAAACCACCUCGUCCGAGGAAGAAGAUAGAUUGAUAAACCUUGUGAGAAGAGGGAACAGCGAACCCUAGCCCUAAUGGAACACAAUGGCGAAUUUGCUGUUCUGCCUCUGCGUUUUGAUUUGUCCACUUCUUGAACCCGGGAUGGUCAGCUUCAUUCCUCUCCCCACCUGAUUCCCCCCUGAAAAAUUAGGUUUCUUCCGCCCCGCAAAUACGCUCCCGCGCCCACCGGCCGCCGGCUCAUCCCCUUUCUCCGAUCAUCGCUCAAUCCCCAACCCAUCGAAUUCGCAUCCUUUGCCUCAUCCGCGAUCCUCCUUUCUCUUCUUGAUUCUCCCAUUACAGAGGCCGAAAACAAUUCGAUUCAUUCGAUCAAAUUCUUGAAUCGUGACGGGAGUCGAAUCAAUUGCCCGUAGAUUCUUUAUCUGGGCCUCCCCUGUUUAGGGUUUCCAUUGUCAAUGAUUCAAAUUCAUUUGUUUCUCAAAGGGCUCGAUUUCUCCUGCGGAGCAUUGCUGAAGUGAGCCAAUAUUUAAAGAAAACGCCAAUGCUGGAGUUGGGCUGUAAAAGAAUUGGAUAAGAUUCGGAAGAUUUGUUUCAUAAUCGGCUAUUCGUGUUAAUCUUUAUUAUUUUAUAAUUAAUUUAUUUAUUUUUUGACUAUUUUGAUACAUCAAGAGAUGCAACCGAUCAUCUCGGAUCAACAAGGACGCAUCAAUCUCAAUGAGAUCAAGUUGCAGAUUUUAAAGCAGAUUGGCCCGGAUCGAACACGGGAGUAUUUCCGCUCCCUGACCAAAUUCCUAUCUCAGGAACUAACGAAAUCUGCAUUUGACAAGUUCUGCCUCAUUGUUCUUGGUCGAGGAAACAUACCAUUGCAUAACCAUCUCAUCCGCUCAAUCCUCAAGAAUGCAUACAGGGCAAAAACACCUCCACCCGUCCGUGAAAAGUCUGUCUUCAAUCAAACCGGAGCUUCUGCAAACACAUCCCUUCCUGGAAACAAGCCAAUAAGCCUGUCACAACCAACAACACCACCCGUCCGUGAAAAGUUUGUCUUGAAUCAAACCGGAGCUUCUGCAAACACAUCCCUGCAUGUAAACAAGCCUUUAAGCCCGUCACAACCAACAACACCAGCUUCGCCUAACCAAAUCAAUGGUGACAUCUUACCUCCAUGCCCGCGCAAGAAGAGGACCGGGAAGAGCCCUCUGGGAUCAAAUGGAAGGGCCGAUGAAGCGAAACCUGCAGAUAUUUCUAUUAAGGAGAAUGGCGUGGCGGGUCCUUCUGGUUUCAAGAUACCGAUGCAACAUGUUCAGAGUGGAUCUGCAACGAAGCCGCCAAAGCAUCGACGCGGAGCGAUUUCAUUGUUUCGUGAUCAUAUUUGUGAGCAGAGGAAGCGCCGGCUUGAAGCUUCUGAAAUGGAAGAAGGGAAAAGGAUAAAAAUCAAGGAACUCAAUUCCAUUCAGGCGCCCAUUGGAGUUUCUUAUGGACCUUCUAGUGUUGGGGGGAAAAGGAGAUCUUUUCCUUCGGCUGUAGCUUGUAAUCGUGAUAAUGGCGAGCUGUACAAUUCCGAGGAUUUAAAAAGAUCGAUGGAAAGAGUAGCAGAAGCACAAGGAAUAAAGGUGACGUUGGGCUGUGCUGAUUUACUGAAUAGAGCAUUGAAUGCUCAUUUAAAGCGCAUUAUAAAGUUUACUAUUGCGCUAGCAAGGGGCAGAUCAAUGCACAAGCCAACAAAAGAUCCUGUUUUGAGGCAACAAUUUAAUGGCAGACCACUCAAUGGUAUUUGGGCUGGAAAUCACAUGAAAUUACAAAACGGUUUAGAGUCUAUGAAUGUCAACAAUGUUCAUAGGAACCAGUACAUGAUUUCCAUGCAAGAUUUUCAGGCUGCAAUGGAGCUGAAUCCGCAACAACUCGGUCACAACUGGCCGUCACUACUUGAGAGGAUAAGCCUCCAUUCAUUCAAAGAAUAACAGAACUCCGAGCCAAAUUUCUGAGGGUGGAAACCUCUUCAUUUAACAGUUUCGGUUUGAUUUUUUUAUUCGUUGAUUGAAUGUUAGUUCCUUGCAUUAUUAAUGUUUCUUAGCCAACCAUUGCGGCACCAGAAACAAGAAGGACAAGUGACCAGAGGAUACAUAAUUUGGCUCAUUUGCUGUAUAAUAAUGCCAAAGCUUGAAGCUUUGCAUGUAAUUAACG